AAGAGGAUGGUGGAUAUCUCUACAUGACAAGCUUUGCAUUGGAAGUCUGCUAAACAAAAUGUGAAGAGCUGCCCACAAGGUUGUAAAUCCUCAGUCUACAAGGAAGAAGGGAGAAACAGGGCGAGCGACUGAAGUGUGUGUGUGGCUGCAAUGUUUGUGGGUUAGAUGAGAAGCGAGAGCUGAGUGAAGCCGAGAAGGAGGGGGUGGCUGGUGUGAUUUGUUUGGUGUUCCGAGCCAAUAGAAAUCCCAGCCUGUGAUAAUAUCCCCACGCAGCGCAGCGCCGAGAGGAUUCAGUGCUGUCUCCAGCUCCUUCCACAUCUGCAGGCGCUGCCGGGACGCGCUCCGCCCUCUGCGCGCUCUGCUUGCUCCGCUCGGCUCGGAUCGCUCUGCACACCCGUGCUGCUUCCCUGGCCUCCUGCGGAACCAGGCUGCGGCUGCCCUGGGCGAUCCUGUGCACACCCCGCUGUAGAUCGUGUCAUUCGCACGGAGGAGAGCGACAAAGAGACGCACAACGGACCCCAGGAGGAGGCUUCCAUCCCAUCAUUGCAGGAUGUUCUGGAAGCUCUCGCUGACCUUGCUCCUAGUGGCUGUGCUGGUAAAGGUAGCUGAAACCCGGAAGAACCGGCCUGCGGGCGCCAUCCCGUCACCGUACAAGGACGGCAGCAGCAACAACUCAGAGAGAUGGCAUCACCAGAUCAAGGAGGUGCUGGCCUCCAGCCAGGAGGCCCUCGUGGUCACCGAGCGCAAGUACCUCAAGAGUGACUGGUGCAAGACGCAGCCUCUGCGGCAGACCGUGAGCGAGGAGGGCUGCCGCAGUCGCACCAUCCUCAACCGCUUCUGCUACGGUCAGUGCAACUCCUUCUACAUCCCGCGGCACGUGAAGAAGGAGGAGGACUCCUUCCAAUCCUGCGCCUUCUGCAAACCCCAGCGUGUCACCUCGGUCGUCGUGGAGCUCGAAUGCCCUGGGCUCGACCCCCCAUUCCGAAUCAAGAAAAUCCAGAAAGUGAAGCAUUGCCGGUGCAUGUCCGUGAACCUGAGUGACUCUGACAAGCAGUGAAGUCACCAGAGCAAGACACAGCUCAACCCUGAGCGCCCUUGCCCCUGGGUCGUGCGUGCCACCUCCACUUCUGUCGAGCCUACUCACACUCUGCCCGGUGUCCCUGUCAGCAGCAAAUGCAUCUCUUAGGGUUAACAGUGUCCUUGUCACAAAUGUGGACUGCAAGUCGUCAUGUCCCAGAUCCACCCUGGGCCACACUCCUGUCUCCAAAUCCAGGCUGUGGAUCGGGCACAGAAGAUGUUGGAAAACACUCUCAGAUACCAGACAGGACUUUUCAGGCGAUGCGCUGUCAAUCCGGCAUUGACGUUUCCACCAUGUGGAAAAGCCAGCCUUUCUCUGGCCACCUCCUACACUCCAGCUCGACCCUCCCCUGGUGAAGAAUGCACCACUCUUCUGUCGCAAACUUCCGUUGGCCACCAGACCUCUAAUGUGUAGGCAUUCGUUCUUCUAACGUGGGAGCUGCCAGGCUCUGCGGCUGCUGUGAUAUGGAUAGGGGCAGCUUCCGUAAAGGAGAUGCUCACCCUCAAGGGGUCUCCAAAACAAACCUGAUUCCUACGAGGACAAGGCGAGCGAAGGGGAUCAGGAAAUGACUUCCCUGGGGACUAUACUAAGCAGGCCAGACCCUCCACACCUCUAGACACCACCACCUUUUUUCUUGCUCCUCAUAGCCCCCAUGUGUGGACUCAAGAUGAACUCUGGCGCACAUGCGAUUCCCUCUGCCAUUAGCCUGUCACCAUACAAAGGGUUUCUGUAUUAAUGUCACUUUUAUAAUUGAUCUAUUGUGUAAAAUCUGUUAAGAGUAUUAUCAACCUAUUCAUGUAUCGACUCAUGUGUUGGGACUUGGGUUUUGCAGCGCAUCCUGAACGAAGAGUAGAACAGGGAAUGGUCUGUAGAAAUGGCAUUUUCCUGGGAAAUACUGCCAGGCCCGCAAUUUGGUGCCACACACCUUUUAUCAGGUUGAGCGGGGAGAAGGGACACCUCAUGGUUUUACUUUGAAUAUGGCAUCACCAGAGGCAAGAAAGCAUUUCAGUAUAGUGCAGAAGUUAGAUGGGGAUGGAUGGUAUCUCAGAGGAGUCACUGGGAAGUUGUAAUGCUUGAUGCGCACAUGUGAAAUGAGACCUCGAACAGUCUUCACUGUCAUAACACUAAGCAAAACAUAUUUUCUAUUCAAAGUCAUUUAAGAAUAUAUGGAAUUGAGACACUUUGUGGCACAGGCAGAAAUAAAAAGUAAUGUAGGUGAACUGUCACUCAGAAAAUAGCUUCCUUUCCAAAGAAUAGACUUCUAAAAAUACUAAGAUACCUUAGGUCACCCUUUUGACUUUGUGAUGAGUUGUGGAAGUCUCUGCAGUAUGGUCUUUUGAUGGGAGGACAUGGAAAUAAUUUAUUUCCCUCCAAAAUUACACUCAAGUUCAACCUCCUUGUGCAAUUGUCCUUGUGAAUGACAUGUAUGGAAUCUAACAAAUGUGAAUGAGAAGCCAUUUGUGGGGAGCAAAAUACAUUAAUAUCCUUUGGUUAGUAAUUUCUCAGUGCAUGCUCAUGCCCAAUAGUGGGUUUUCUCGUGUGUGAGAGACCUCCCAUAAGCUGCUCUGAAACUAAGGUUUCUGGACGCUCAGUAGUGACGAUGCUGGCUCCCCAGCUUGCCACCCUGAGAAGAGGACUGGGGUGAGCUGGGGUGGGGUGUGUCAGUGACCCUCAUGCCUGUAUUGCCAUGCAAGUUUUCUAGUUUACUUCUGCAACACAGUAAACCCCAAGCAUAGAUGGUGUGGUUUUAAAGGGAGAAUUAGCUUUAGAUAUGAGAGUGCACAGCCUAGAAUCAGAAAAGAGAAGCGAGGAGAAUGGAGAAAUUGCUGAGGGCUGGGACCCCUGGGAUGAAGGCAAAAAGUGAAGUGGGUGCCGAAGGUCAGAGUUGCAAUUUUCAUGUUUAGUAGAAAACCUCGAGCUAGAGCAUGCAGCAGACAAGAUGUGAAGGACAUCCAACUUUCCUUAAUGGAGGCUGAUCAGCACAAUCCGAGAGGAGGAGAAUCUCACACCCGGCUGCAAAGCCCACCCGUAUCACGUUAGUAACAGGACCCACAGGAGUAGAGGAAGAGUUAAGCUGGCAACCCACAAAGUACACACAUUAACACUUUUUGAUCCCAGUCAUGGGUGUUUCCAUGAAAGCAGGAUGACAUGCUGUGGUCUGAGGCUACUUCUUGGGUUAUUGUAUGUAUAAUGUUUACCUUUGAGUGGCUCAAAUUGUAUUUAAAUUUUGUCUUGUUUAUAAAUGAAGAAAAGCUAUAAGUAUAAUGUAAUUAUUUUAUAGGUAUACUAUUAAGUUAUAGAACAAAUAAAGAUACUCUAGGAUUAUAUGUGAUCCGGGUGUCAUGUGCCAUAAAAGCUGAAUUCUGCACUUGUGUCCUUGGGUCACCAGGGAUCUUGGUGCACUCAGAGUUCAUUAUCCAGCCUCUGGGAGUUCACCCCUGGCCCAUGUGACAAACUGUCCUUGGGGACUUGGGAUCUUCUUUAGGAGAAUCAGAAACAAACAUUGAAGAAACAGAAUUGGUGGGGAUGACUCUCAGUCCCAGUCUACAGGAGCUUCUAGCCUUUCCCAAACCACCCACCAGCUGAAUAGAGAAUGUACUCACAGUGUUCCUGGAAUAAGAAAUAUUGAAUGAGGAAGCUUUGAGAAACUGAUGCGACAGAAGUCCACCUAAAGUCUCAUUGUCUCUCUUGUAACCAGUGCACCACACUCGUGUCUUACAUAAUCCAGAAACUGUACUGGGUUUUGAUUAAUUUUACCUUGACUUUCCACAGAUUUCAACACUUCUUAAUUUAAACACGUCUCAGUUCACAGUGUUGACAUUUUUCUGCAAAUUGAAUUAUCUGCCAUUUAAGAAAUGCAGUGAUCAAUAAAACAUACAAAUCUUAAUAAAAUUGCAUAUGUGUGA